GGGCAGGGGUCCGGCUGUGGACAGUAAAGAGCCUAUUCCUAACAGAUAGCCUAGUUGCGUUUUGCUUCUUCAGUUCACAGGGCUUAAGGCCCAUUUGAAAGGAGUCCAUUGCUCCAAGAGGAGCAAAACAAGAGAAAACCGAACGCGAAGAAGAGCAGGAAAGACCGUCAAAUCCUCAAAAAUGCCGAUCUAUCAAUUUCUUUCAUCCGUUUGGUAAACGAGAAAAAAAAAUCUGAUUUCUCCGUUGCAGCAGAUCAAUGGCUCCGAAGCCCAAAGAGAAGCCAAAAGGGGCUCCAUCGCCGUUGCAGCCUCCACCCCCUAUCGAAGAUCUUUUUACUUCACUCGACAGACACAUCCAACGAUCUGAAUUCACACAAGCCGUCAAAGUUGCAAAUCAAGUUCUGUCUGUUGCUACCGGAGAUGAGGACGCCAUUCGAUGCAAAGUUGUGGCGUUGAUAAAGGGCGACAAGAUUGAGGAGGCUCUCUCAACAAUUCAGUCUGUUCAGAAGGUUUCUUUUGAUUUCAGUUUCUACAAGGCAUAUUGCCUAUAUAGACAAAACAAGUUGGAUGAAGCCUUGGAGGUUUUGGAGAAGCAAGAUAAGACUCAUCCAAUCAUGUUGUUAGAAUCUCAGAUUCUAUAUCGUCUAGGAAAAAUGGAUGCUUGUGUUGAUAUCUGUCGGAAUCUUCAAAGAGCGAAGAUUGAUUCCUUGGAAAUAAAUUUGGUUGCUGGUUUGAUUUCAGCUGGGAGAGCUUCUGAAGUACAAGGAACUUUGGACACACUUAAGGUUAAGGCAACUAGCAGCUUUGAGUUGGCAUAUAAUAUUGCUUGUUCUUUAAUUGAAGGAAAUAAACAUAAGGAUGCUGAACAACUCUUGCUCACGGCCAGAAGAAUUGGUCAGGAAACACUGACAGAAGAGAACCUUGCUGAUGAUGAUAUAGAGAUUGAAUUAGCUCCUAUUGCUGUUCAAUUAACUUAUGUUCAGCAGCUCCUUGGUCACACACAGGAGGCCGUUGGAGGUUAUACAGAUAUUGUAAACCGAAAUCUGGCAGAUGAACUAUCACUUGCAGUGGCAGUCAACAACCUUAUUGCAGUGAAAGGUCCAAAAGAUAUAUCUGAUAGCUUAAGGAAACUUGAUCGGCUUAAAGAGAAAGACUCACAGAAGUUUCAGCUUGCGCAUGCAAUUGACUUGAAGCUGUCACCAAAACAAAAAGAGACAAUAUAUGUGAAUCGUGUUCUUCUGCUUCUCCAUGCAAAUAAGAUGGACCAGGCUCGGGAACUUGUUGCUGUGUUGCCUGAGCUAUUUCCUGAGAGUGUGAUGCCAGUACUGCUUCAAGCUGCUGUCUUGGUGAGAGAAAACAAGGCAGCGAAAGCUGAAGAAAUGUUGGGUCAGUUUGCUGAGAAAUUCCCUGAAAAAUCAAAGAUCAUUCUCUUAGCAAGGGCACAGGUCGCUGCUGCUGCUGGCCACCCUCAAAUUGCAGCUGAAUCCCUCUCUAAGGUGCCUGAUAUACAGCACAUGCCUGCCACUGUUGCCACUCUUGUUGCUCUCAAAGAGCGUGCUGGAGAUAUAAAUGGUGCAGCUUCUGUGUUUGACUCUGCAAUCAGAUGGUGGAAAACUGCCAUGACUGAAGAUGACCAGCUCAGUGUUAUUAUGCAAGAGGCUGCUUCCUUUAAGCUCAGGCAUGGCAAGGAGGAGGAUGCUGCCCAUCUAUACGAGGAGCUUGUAAAAAGUCAUGGAAGCAUAGAGGCAUUAGUUGGGCUGAUAACUACAGUUGCUCGUGUGAAUGUUGACAAGGCUGAAGCUUACGAGAAGCAACUGAAGCCAUUACCAGGUUUAAAGGGGGUUGACGUGGAUGGUUUGGAGAGAACUUCUGGGGCAAAACAUGUUGAAGAUGCUCCUCAUGGUGGGCUUUCUGAAGCUCAAGAGGAUGGUAAGACUAAGGAGAAAUCAAAGAAAAAGAGGAAGAGAAAGCAAAGGUAUCCCAAAGGGUUUGACCCGGCAAAUCCAGGUCCUCCACCAGAUCCAGAGCGAUGGCUUCCCAAGAGAGAAAGGUCAAGUUACAGGCCUAAGAGAAAGGAUAAGAGAGCAGCUCAGGUGAGAGGCUCUCAAGGUGCAGUAGUUAGAGAAAAGAGUGAAGCUAGUGCCUCGGCUACCAAUUCUAAUAGUUCUAACUUGAAAUCAAACCAAGGUACUAGUGAAACUCAAGGCGUUUCACAGAAUGCCAAGCCAUCCAGACCCCAAUCUAAGUCAUCAAGAAAGAAGUCGAGAAAUUAACAACAUUUUUGGGGUCAGAAAGUUUUGAAUUGUUUCACAUUUAAGUUAUGUGUUCGACAUGGAUCUUGAUAGCAAGAGUUUAACUAAUUUUGUGAUAUUGUUUUCAAAUAAAACCUAUCAAAUCCUGAGGAUUUUUGGAGGGAGAGUUAAGGUUCCAUAAUUUCAUUGGAUUUUGUUAUAUUUUAUUGUACAUUUGUCACGGAUCAUUUCCUUGAUAGUGAGCUAUGACCUCUUUUUACUCUUCACGAAGGCAUUUCUAAGAAGGUUGGAGACAAGGUAAGAAGAUUAUUGUUUCUUUGCUUUUUAAGGUUGAUUCAUGUGAUGCAGUGUCAGCUUGUAACGCACAAGUUGGAUAGAGGUAGGGUUUACACAUUAUUAUUCUUUGGUUUAGUGUCCAUUCCUUUCAAAAUGUGGACACCUAGAAUUUAAUGGAAGAAUUUUCUAGGUGUCGACUUUUCUUGUCAGUCAGCCAAAGGUUGUCCUUAACUCUCCUAAACGAACUAGAACAUGUCCUUGGAGUCUGGGUUAGCUUCCCUAUAGUUGAAGCUACUGGUAACCUUGCAGAUGACCUCCUCUCGUCUCCGAGGAAUCGGGUGCUUUGGCUAAUUAUUGGCUUGAGGAAGAGGGAAAUUUGGUGCGGACUAAGUGCUUUUGCUGCGGUUGGGUUCAAGAAUGUCUUUGAGAUUGAUAUGUUAUUGAAGCUGAUGUUUGGAGGUUUUAAAUAGGAAUG